AUGCCAGCACCGGCUCUGAUUUGCGCGCAGAUCCAGAUCAGCAUAAAGCUACUUGAAAAGCUGGCCGGCAUCAAGCGGGAGGAGCCGCAGCAGCAGCGGCGACCACAGCGAGGCCCCCAGGGCGCCGGCCUAGGCCGCUUGCCGCUCACACCACCAGACAUGACGGCCUUUUCCCUGGAUCCAGAGCUGCGCGGGGCGCUGGCAGCCAGCAGGCGCGUUGGGUCGCUGCUGCUCAAGGCUGAGGAGCAGGAGAUGGAGAAGGUAGCCGCGGCAGCCGACGACCUCAUUCGGCGCGAGUACAGCACUCCCGCGCGUGAGGUGCCAUGCCAGCGGGAGCGGGAUGCGUGCAUCAACUGCUAUCAACACCACAAGCAGGAUGCGUGGGCGUGCGCGGAGAUGGUGGAUGCCUACGCCAGCUGCGCCAGCGCCGCCUAUCAAGAUCUGACUGCGUGA